AUGCGUUCGCCACCCAUCCACCUCAUCAUGGAGACCGACGGUCGCAUGAAAGCUUACAAAUUUGUCGCCUACGCGGCGGUCUCCUUCUCCAUCGUGGCCGUCCUCUCGGUCGUGCUCACUUUGCCGAUGGUUUACAACUAUGUGAGCCACGUCAGGCAACAGAUGCACCACGAGAUCUCCUUCUGCAAGGUUUAUUUUCUGUUUUUUUUUUAAAUUUUUUUUCUUUAUUAAAUCGUUUACUUAGCAAUGUGUUCGCGAAUUUCUAUCUAUUUUUCAUUGCACUUCUCGAUUUUAAUAGUGCUUUAUAUCAUGAACGGAGUUUUCAUAUAUUCAUCAAAAACCAUUGAGAAAGCCUAAACUGUACUUUUUCCCAUAUAAAAUUGAUUGUUACGUUUCUAAACCUGUCCAUUGUUCAGGGAUCCGCCAAGGACAUCUUCGCCGAAGUUAACUUCAUGAAGGCUCAUUCUGGACCAGCGGCCCCACGCAACCGUACCGCCCGUCAGUCCGGCUACGGCGGUCCAGAAGUCAACCCAGCUCCAAACCUUCAGUGCGAAGGCUGCUGCUUGCCGGGACCACCUGGACCAGCUGGAGCUCCAGGAAAGCCAGGAAAGCCAGGACGACCAGGAGCGCCAGGAACGCCUGGAACGCCAGGAAAGCCACCAGUCGCCCCUUGCGAGCCAACCACUCCACCACCAUGCAAGCCAUGCCCACAAGGACCCCCUGGACCACCAGGACCACCAGGAGCUCCAGGAGACCCGGGAGAGGCUGGAACUCCAGGAAGACCAGGAACCGACGCUGCUCCAGGAUCGCCAGGACCACGAGGACCACCAGGACCACCAGGAGAGGCCGGAGCCCCAGGACCAGCCGGAGAGCCAGGAUCGCCAGCUGUUUCCGAGCCACUCACUCCAGGAUCCCCAGGAGAGCCAGGAGAUGCCGGUAAAUCUUCCCUUUCUACUUACACUAUAGCAAAAUCGAAUAAUUUUUGCUCAGAACAGUCUCUUCAAACUGAUUUUUUUCAGGACCACCCGGACCUCCAGGACCACCAGGAGCUCCAGGAAACGACGGACCACCAGGACCAGCCGGACCAAAGGGAGCUCCAGGACCAGACGGACCACCAGGAGUCGACGGACAAGCUGGACCUCCAGGACCACCAGGACCUGCCGGAACCGCUGGAGAGAAGGGAAUCUGCCCCAAGUGAGUUGAAAUUCGCUCAGAGCUCAACUAAUUGGCUUCGUUCUCAGGUAUUGCGCUUUGGACGGAGGAGUCUUCUUCGAGGACGGAACUCGGCGCUAA